AGCAGAGAGGAACAAAAACAGUCACAACAGGAGCAAAGUAGGCACUGUUCUACAUAUUAAUCAUCAAGCAGAAACUUGAUUUCAAGUCAGUAAGAUUAAAGAAGAGGUUCCAAGAUAUUUUACAGUGAAACAACUUAGAACUUCAACCAUGAUUUCUAUUCAUGCCCCGUAAAACCACAGCGAAGACUUCCCUGUUGUUCGCCGAGCCGCCGCUGCGUGGUGCCAGAAUCCGAACGGAGCCUGAUGUCCGAGCGGCCAUAAAUCCAAAACCAUUUUUCACAGAAAGUCAAAUACACAACAGUACAGCUCUUAAUUCGUGGGUAAGUCCACAGUUUGACACGUUGGUUACAGUUGCACCUCCAGUGAGACGAGGGAGGAGAGAACACAAUUCUGGCUCAACCGUCAAAGGCAGCGCACAGCUGCCCAAGAAGAAGACCGCACACAGGUUCACGCCGCUGCUGUUCGAGAGGCGAUCAGGAGGUGGCUCUCAUCCAUCAGAGCAAACCCACAGAAGAAAACCGGCGGAGCCUGCUGUCGAGUCUGGAAGUCGGCCGCAGGGGCCGCGCCAAAGUAAAAGCGUGGUUUGGCCAAAGAGACGUGCGCUGUCAGUCAGAGACACGAGGGAGGGAAGCGCGUCAUCCGGCAGGCGUGUGGAUCAGCCUGAAAGUUCAACCGAUCAUGUGACCGAGAGAUGCAGCGACGCUUCAACUCCUCCCCCUCCUGAGCUCUGGACCAAUGGUGUCUGUCCACCAUCACCUGAGGUGGAGACUCCAAAAGUAUCACAAGAAGGAGAAAGUCAUUCCUCCUCCACCUGUGCACACUUUCCGCUGUUUCACGCUGCCGCACCGCCGUGUGCUGUGCCGCCUGACGUUUUGGUGUCCGACACGCCGGAGAGGGAUUAUGGGUUAAAGGUGACGUGGAGGAAGAGGAGAGAUUUGAUGCUGCUGUUUAAAGACAGGGGACAUCUUUCUGAAUCAGACACACUAAUACACAGUUCACCAUGUGGACAGCCAGUAACAAGACGAUCAGAUGAUGAUGUCAUCAAAGAGGGGAAAAAAAAAAUCAGUAGGUACUGAACGUUUUUAAAAACUUUCAGGACGACCCAGGAUGUUUUAUUCCAAGAUUUAUGUCAGAUAGUUGAAAUUAUAAAUAAAUCAAAAUGGAAAUUUUCAAGAAAAAAUGUAAUUUAGAUCAUUUUCACUGA